AUGGAUCGAACAAAAUCUCCAAAGCUAGCUUUGUUUGCCCUCUCGGCAAUACUUGUUCUCUCUUGUGUCAAGGCUCAAUCAGGUUGUGACUCCCACAGGUUCGCAAACAACAUUGCUUUCGCCGAUUGCUCUGCCCUCCCUGCUCUAGGCUCUUUCCUCCAUUGGACUUACAACGAACCAAACGGCACCGUUUCUAUCGCCUUUCGCCACCCAGCAACCUCUUCUUCUUCUUGGAUCGCUUGGGGACUUAACCCUAGUGGGCCUCAGAUGUCAGGGACACAAUCUCUAGUCGCUUUCACCAAUUCUAGUGGCCAGUUCCAAGCCUAUACCUCUCCGGUUAUUGGGUACAGCACGCAGCUCGAACGCGGGAGCCUCAGCUUCCCUGUGACCGGAGUCGCAGCGACUCUGGUCAAUGGUGAGGCUACCAUCUUUGCGACUCUUGAGUUGCCGUCGAAUUUGGUCACGGCCAAUCAGGUUUGGCAGAUGGGACCUAUGUCUAACGGUGUUCCUAUGAGGCAUCUAACUAGUGGAGACAAUAUGAGAUCGAUUGGUCGGAUCGAUUUCCGGUCCGGUCAGUCAUCAGCUGGUGGUGGAGGUUCCGGUGAUAGGCAGAGGAAAAGAAAUACACAUGGAAUACUUAAUGCGGUAAGCUGGGGAGUGCUAUUGCCAAUGGGAGCAAUGAUGGCUCGGUACAUGAAAGUCUUCACUGACCCAACCUGGUUCUAUCUCCACAUUGCCUUCCAAGUCUCCGGUUACGUUAUUGGUGUAGCCGGUUGGGCCACAGGAAUCAAGCUUGGGAAUGACUCACCAGGCACAUCUUACUCAACUCAUCGUAGCCUUGGAAUCGCGAUUUUCACAUUCGCGACACUUCAAGUAUUUGCUUUGCUUCUAAGGCCAAAGCCAGACCACAAAUACCGAUUCUACUGGAACGUAUACCAUCACACCGUGGGAUACACAACUAUCAUACUCUCUAUUAUCAACAUCUUUAAAGGAUUCGACAUUUUGGACCCGGAAGAUAAAUGGCGUUGGGCUUACAUUGGAAUCCUCAUUUUUCUUGGUGCUUGCGUCGUUAUUCUUGAGCCACUCACUUGGUUCAUUGUUCUUCGCCGUAAGAGCCGUGGAGGUAACACAGUCGCUGCACCGACUACAAACAAGUACUCUAAUGGCGUCAAUGGUACUACCACCACCGGACCGCAUCACCAGGACGCGUAG